AUGGCGUUGAUUCAACGUUAUACAACUGAAUUAUCCACUCAUGCUGGAACAAAUCGACAAAUUCCUGAUGAUAUACAAUCUGUAGGUCAAGUUCUUCAGGACUUCACAGCUAUAAAACGGCAAGACGAGAAUGAUAAACAUUAUCUUCAUGCGUUAAAUGAUCGUCUUGAAGAAUUGCUUCAUAGUUUAAAUGGUCUUGAAACAGCAAAUAAUAAAUUACGUGAUGAUCUUAAUUCGCUAAUAGCAAAUUGGGGUAUCCAUGAAGAGACUCGUGCUAAAUUUUUACACGAACUUGAUGGAAUAAUACAACGUCUAGGUGAACAAAAUCGUCAUAAACUAACUUUUAAUGCUCAAGCAAACAUUUCUAAUGAACAAACUCAAUUAACAGAUCGUGUCACAAAUGUUUUCAUUGGUGUAGUUAAUGCUCAUCGGGAUAAAUCUCAACUAGUUUUUGAAUUAACAAACGAAUUAGAAGAAGAACUACGUAAAAUUCGUUUACGUUUUGAUAUAAGUAAUGGUCAAGUUAAAUCGCAUGAUGAUGAUUAUCAAAACGAAAUAGUAAAAUUUCGUUCAUAUCUAUCGGAAUGGGCACAACUUGCAUUAGAUAAACAACUUCUAUUAAAUGAAAUUCAAUCACUUAAAGAACGUUAUAAUCUACGUUUAGCUUAUAAUCAAGAAGAAAUAAAUGAAUGGCUUCGUUUACUCAAUCGUAUAUCACAAGAAUCAAAAAAUUAUUAUCGUGAUUAUUUAGAUACAAUUAAACAAAAAAUACAAAUCGAUUAUGAACAAAUGGCUAAAGAACAACAAAUGGAUAUUGAAAUACAAUUGAAAACAAGAAUAAAAGAAAUUCAAGAAAAAAUUCAUAUGGGUUUACCGAUUGAUGAAAAUGAUGAACGACGACGUCGUGAAGAAACUCAACGUUUUGAAAGUCGCCUUGAUGAAAGUACAAAAGAGAAUGAGCGUCUACAAAAUGAUUAUCGAAUAUUGUCUGAAGAAAUUCAACUUAAACGACGGACUUUACAAGAUCUCGAAACUGAAUUAAGAAAUAAAGCAAGAAAACAUGCUGAACAACAUGCGCAUCUUGAGUAUGAUACUGAUUUGACACGUACAGAAUAUUAUGCAUUAAAAGAUGAAUUGGAUAAACUAGCUUACACACUUCGAUUCAGUGUUGAAGAAGAAUUGAAGAUUUAUGAAGCUUUAUUAAAUUCAUUGCAGAGAAAAAACGAAGAACAUUCAGCAAUUGAUAAUUCAAAAACAUAUCGAUCAUCAGAAUUAUUAACAGAAGCGACAACAACAACAACAACAACAAAGAAAACUAUCAAAGAAAAAACUGAUAAUACAAUUCCUAUUAUUAAAAUAAAUGAAGUAGAAAAACCAAGCAAUAAUUGGACUUAUGAAACUGUUUCUUCAGGUACAGCAUCAUUAGCGCCUAGUGAAAGUACAGAUCGUGAUCAAUCAACUGAAAGAACCAUUAUUCCAACACGCGUAGAUAAUAAUCGAUAUGAUUUACAACAAAAUUUGCUUGAUCAAAAUCGAACAACAACAAUCAAGACACGAACAACACGUCGUUUUGGUCAUGCUGACACUGGACAGCAAGCAACAGGCACUAGUGGCAAUCGAAGAGAAGAAGUCGCAACAGCUUAUGUACCUGAAAUUGAUGAAAAAUUUUUGCAAAGUAAAGUUCAUAUUACACGAAAAUAUAAAGGAAACAUUCUUAUUAAAUUUGUUGAUGUCAAUGGCUGUUUUGUUGAAAUAGAAAAUACUAGUAAUCAACCACGAGAUUUAACUGGUUGGUAUAUUGAACGAACAGUAGAUGGUCAUCGUAUCGAUUAUACAUUUCCUGUUUAUGAACUUGGUCCACAGGCAACUGUACGCAUUUAUGGAAACUAUCAUCGAAAAUCAUCAUCAUCAGUUAGUGGUUCUGAUCAUCGUUUUCAAUUGAUUGCACCAAAUAUUUAUGAUUGGGGUAAUGGAAAAGAAAUGCGUACAGAAUUAUUUAAUCGCGAUGAUGUUGGCAAAGCAUUAUUUGAACAAACAAUAAAAGAUUAA